GCUGGGCCUAGGAGAUACAAAGACAAAAAAUGACAGGCCCUGCCCUCAGGUAGUUUACAUUCUUUCAGGGCCGGCAACAUGAAAACAUAUGAAGAAAUAAAAAGUAAUUUUGGGGGUAGGUACCAUUGGCCCAAUCCCUGCCCUCCAAGAGUCGACAAUAGUUGUGGGUGGACGACAAAUAGUAAGAUCGUGGAAUUUUGAAUUGGAAAGGCCCUUAGAGAUCAAAUUUAGUCCAACCGUCCCUACGUUACAGGUCAGGAAACUGAGGCCCUAGAUGGGAAUAAUGACACAGUCACACGGCUAUGAAACGGCAGGGAUAGAUUUUCGCUCAAUGUUAACCGGCCCCUCUAGGAGUCCCAGGACUCGUAACAGGUUGCAAACGUCUGCGAGGGAGAGAGCUUUCGGAAAGAAGUAACAUCCACGAGAAGCGCGUGUCCGAGCCCCGCCCCGGUCGCUCUGACGUCACAGCCCCGCCCUAGCGUCACGGCGGCCGUUGCCGGGCGCCUUGGACUGCCAGGACCGAGGGCGUGAGGGGCUCAGUGCCCUGGUAGUACGAUCGCUCGGCCUCCGGCCUCUCGGGUCCCUAGGGCGGGACCGACCAUGUCGGGGCUGGUUUCUGGAGGAAGGAGGGGCUGAAGGAGGGAAAAGGGGAAGGUGGGCCGAGGUGCCCUAGGGAUGAAGGCGACUCGGCCGCCGACGGCAGAGGGCGGGUCUCGACCCUCCAAGUCCCGGCGCUCCAAGUCCCAAGACAGGUGCCAAGUCAAGGAGCGGCCUAAGGCCCCGCCCAAAACCCGAGCCCCAGCGCGCCACAGAGGCAGGAUUAGCCACCGUUCCACGCUGCUCUUCUACUGGAGAAAGCAGAAGAAGGAUCCUGCGUCGGGCCAGCUGGAGAAUGGGGCGCCCGGGGCCUGCUCGGAGAAUACCGAGGCGGGGGCGGGGCUGUGCCCGGAGGCCGGGGCGGUCUCGAAGGCGGGGCUGGGGCUGAAGCUGGGGCUGGGGCUGGGGCUAGCGGGGAAGCUGAGGGAGGCCGCCCGUCCCAGCAUUCCUUGGGUGACUAAGAUGGCGGCGCCCGGCGAAGGUCGGCGUUUCUCGCCCUCCAGCUUCUUCUCCUUCCUGCCGGGCGGCGCGCGGUCACACGAGGCCAAGGAGGAGGCGUCGACGGAGACGGCUAGCACUGCCGGGGAAGCCGCCGCCCGAAAGCGGCCCUGUCGGGCCUGCGUCGACUUCAAGACGUGGAUGAAGACGCAGCAGGCACGGGAGAAUUCGGAAAGCGAGACCCAGGUUGCGAUGGAAAACAAGUUGCCAGCUGAUUGCCCUCUGGAUCGAGAGGAGCUGGGGCGAAACAGUUGGGCUUUCUUACACACAAUGGCUGCAUAUUAUCCAGACUGCCCUACCCUAGACCAGCAGGAAGAAAUGGCCCAGUUUAUACAUCUAUUUUCCAAGUUUUUCCCAUGUGAUGAAUGUGCUGAAGAUAUAAGGAGAAGGUUGAGCAGAAACCAGCCAGAUACCAGCAGUCGGAACAGGUUCACCCAGUGGCUCUGCCGCCUACACAACGAGGUGAACUUGAAGCUAGGGAAGCCUGCAUUUGACUGUGCUCGUGUGGAUGAGCGAUGGCGGGAUGGCUGGAAGGACGGCUCUUGUGAUUAGAGGGGCAGGCCCCCAGGGGGAGGAAGGCAUAAACCAGACUGUAGCGUCCUCCCUCAGGACUUGCUCAGUGUGAGAUUAUUAAAGGGCAACUCAGCGAGUGUUACUGUCAGUGCCUUGGCUGCUGAUGUCUGUGAGCUUCAGCGGGCUGACAGGUUUCUGAGGAACCUCAUUCCCCAAGUUACUUCCUCCUGAACCAGUCCUUUGUUUCCCCGUCUCUACUGAGUCUGGUCUUUUGCUGCCAAUGGUCAGUGGCAGCCGAAAACCAGGGGCCUGGCUGGGAUUUGUGAUAACUUUCUAAUAAGCAGAGCCUCUUUCCUCAAAGCCCAGCCCUGUCAUGUCCACCUCAGGUAGGGGACACUACAGAUAUCUGACCUUUUUGUCCUUGUCUCCCUUUCCAUGUCCACAGUGGGGCUCUGAGGGGUGGGGGAGGGGCUCUGAGUCAGAAUGGCCAGGAUCCUCAUCAAAGCCCUCAGCUGCCAGCCUCUGUAAGUGAAUUCCCUGGCUGAGCUUACACACAGCCUUCCUCAGUCUUUGUGUACCCACAACACAGGAUGAUCUUAGGAGGGGCAUAGAGCCUGACCUGAGAUACAGUGUCUUGUAGUUUGCUUCUUUUUUUUUUUUUGGAGAGAAACCUCAAGUGAAAAUGUCUCCAUUCUGGGGUUUUUUUUCCUCCUUAUACCAUUUCAAGUUUUUCAUGUCAUGAUUCUCCUAAUGUGGUUCUCAUUGCCUGCAGAGAGUCUGGCUGUCAUGGAGCUGAACAUGAUUUAUUUUCUGUAACAUGAUUUAGGUCUUUGUGGUUUGUAUAAGGCUGGUGGGUGCCAGGCUCAAUUCGGAUGUGCCCCAUGGGCAGUCUCUCUGUGGUAGAGUUAAGAAUAAAAUCAAAAGUUGCUCUGA